AUGGGCGAAAUGACAGGACAGAACGUGAAACAAUGUGGCGAUAGCAGUGACGUUCUCGAAGCCAACCUCGAAAACCUGAAUGAUGUCUUGCACGAAACUUUCCACAAGUUCUCAAACAGAAGGAACGUGAUUUCACUCACCGAACUGAAGCACUGGUGUACCGAUGCUGCUGUGAUCGGCAAGCACAUGAACCAAACGCACAUUGACGUGUCUUUCUAUAAAAUCAAAAAAAAAGGAACCAACGUAGUAACUUUCAAAGAUUUCCUACUUCUGCUUGACUUGCUGACUGUGAAAUACGUGGAUGACACAUGGCUGGAUAAGAAACAUGCUCUAGCCCACCUCAAAUUCAAACUCAGCGUGGCCGUGCCAGUCUUCAAAAACAUACCACCACCAGACGUUACGAUCGGCGCCGUCGACAGAUUGACUGAUGCCAAGCUCUUCACAGGAACAUUCAAGCACGUCUUCAGCGACAUGGGAGCCGAAAGAGGCAAAAAACGUCCUCAGCGUUACAACUUGCUCUGA